CUGGAGGUGACCUUGAGAUGAGUGUCGCAGCCGCUAGCAUCUUGCCUAAUGGCACCGGGCUCCGCACCCCGAAGACUUUCUACCCAUGGCGAAUCACUAUAUCGCACGUUGAAUGUUCCUCGCGGAGCCCCAGACGAAGAUCUGAAGAAGGCAUACCGAAAGCUUGCUUUGCGAUUUCAUCCUGACAAAAACCGAGACAAUCCAGCUGCUGCGGACAUCUUUAAGGAGAUAAACCGCGCAUAUCGAAUACUUACUGACCCAAUAAAGCGUAGCAUUUAUGACAAGUACGGCAGUUUAGGACUAUCCAUUGCGGAACAGUUCGGUGAGGAGAACGUUAACACUUACUUCGUGUUGACAAACAAAUGGUGUAAACUUUUAUUCUUAAUCAUCUUCCUCGUCACCGGAUGUUUCUUCUGUUUCUGCUGCUUCUGCUGUUUCAACUUUUGUUGCGGAAAAUGUAAGCCAAAAAUACCGGAUGAAGAGGAUUUGGAAGCUGCUGUAAAUCUCCAGGACGAUGUGGACUUCGAUGACAUAACACCAAUGCAGCAAGCAUCUCCGCCGUUCGACCCGACCCCGUUCAAUCAUCCCGGUCAGUUCUCAUCUCCCACAGGCCCAGUGCCCUUUCCCACCGGUGUGCCUGUACCGCAGCAACAACCGGUGUCCGGUCGACCGUAUUGAGCUCCCUUCUUCACUUACACUUAUCGUUCUGAGAAGACUCAUUUCGCUGUGGUCGACAUUCACCCCUUAUUAGCUCUUGCCAAUUUCCUACACAUUGUUCACUUGCAUUAUAGCCUGUUUCAAGCAGCUCCGCUGUUUUAUCACUCCAGUUUUCUCCUUCUAGCUUAGCUUUUCCAAGGUGUUUAUGGUCACACGGCUAUUCCGAUUUAUUUUGUUUCUAAUCAUUCCCGAAAUUCGUCCGUUGCGAUCUUCAAUCAUUUUUGUUCACUUCCCUCUUGCGGACGCUCUAUCUAGUAUGCAUUUACCAUUCCAACUCUCUUUUAUCCUCGCUAUUAUGUGAAGCCGUUUUUUGAUGAGCACCAUCGUUAUCGUCUCAGUUAUUUCUGCUGUAUGUUUUAUCUUUACCGUUGAUCAUUUGAGAAAAAUACAUCUUUUUUUCGGCCGGGGCCUG